GCGGCUAUCUUCGGAAUAUUUUGUGCGUCGUAAAACAGAGGCGAUGGAUUUUGCUGGCGGAAUGUCUCUAAGCAAGCUUUUGCUCGCGUCAUGUAUUUUGGUGUUACUGUUAAACAGCGUUCGGGCAGGGAAGAUACCGGAUCAAUAUAGGAGGCAGUCAAAAGACGCUGAGGAACAUUCAAAGCAAACUAUCAUCGAAGGUGAUAUUUUGGCAGACAAAAACCUGCUAAGAAUAAUUCAAAAGAAAGAGGGAAAUCGACAGAGGCGAGCUGCACUAAGAACUGCUCACUUAUGGGACGGUGGCUUGAUUCCUUAUAGCAUAGCGCCCGAUGUGUCUAACGAUUUUCACAAGGCCGUAAGAAGGGCAUUCAGAAGACUGGCUGCAAAAACGUGCAUUCGCUUUAUUCCGAGAAACAAGACGACGGACAAACAUUUUAUUCACUUCAGAAAAGGAACAAGAUGUAAUUCUGGAAUCGGAAGAAAAGAGGGAGGACAGAAUAUUACCCUUAGUCCAGUGUGCGAGAAACGGAACUUCGUCCUUCAUGAAAUGAUGCACGCACUCGGUUUCUUGCACGAACACUCUCGGCCAGAUCGUGAUAAUUACGUAAAGAUACUUCACUGGAAUGUAGACGAAGCUGGAGAACGCAAUUUUAACUCGUACUCGAACGAAGAUGUCGACACUCUCUCAGAGCCGUAUGAUUUUAAUAGCAUAUUACAUUAUGACAACAAAGCUUUCUCAAAAAAUGGACAAGACACAAUCCAAGCCUUGAAAGACCCCGCUCGACGAUUUGGCCACGCAAAGCAUCUCAGCAAUGGAGAUAUACGAAGUAUACGAAAACUUUACAAGUGUGAACGACGAAAUGCGAAAUCUAAUGGCGCGGACCAGGAUCAUGUGUGUAAGGACAAGAUUACGGGUUGCAGAGCCUACACAGAGCAAGGCGGACCCUGUGAAAAUAAUUAUGAGUUCAUGAAUUUGAUGUGCCAACAGUCCUGUGGAUUUUGCGGUGAUGGUUAAAGGUAUCCAAAAAUAAAAAGGAACGAAGAAAUGCUCUGAUAUCUCAAUAGACCCUAAAAGUGCUCACGUCACAGGAGAGUCAACAGUGAGACGCAAUGCAUUGUGGUACAAAAUGUCUGCAGAAUAAGCUCGCUCGAAAGCAUGCAGAUUGAUAUCUGUGUUACGGGAGUAUUUCUAAGAUCUAUUGACUGAGGUUAUGUGCACACGGUAACCAGUUUCGGGCGUUUUCACAUUCGUUUUCAUACCAAAACGGUUUCAAAC